GCCCUCCUCCUCCUCCUCCUGCUGCUGCUCUGACCAGUACGGCCCCUUCCCCGCCGCCGCCUCUGCCUCCCAGUGCCCCCCCUGCUCAGGGAGAUGUGGAGAGAGAGGAAGGCACAAGGACUGCUCCUAGUGAAGAGCUGGCGGAUACUGAGAAGAAGGAAGAGACAGAGGCAGAUGGGCAACCGGAGGAGAGCAUGGAGGCUCUGAGCUUGAGCUCUAGCAAGAGUCCUGUCCCAGCCUCAACUGCUGUAACUGCACCAAAGACGUGGAAGAAACCAAAAGAGCGGACCCAGGGCACUGAGGAGGUGACAGAGGCAGAGGCAGAGCCUAAAGUAGAAGAGGAGCUCUCGAGUGACAAAGUACUUGAAUCUGAACAGGAUAACAUGAGCCAUGGGUUUCAGCUGGAGAGAGACUCCUCCGAACUUAAAAAAGUGAAACCUGUGGAAGAGAACGGAGAGCAGGAGGCAGAACCUGUCCGUAAUGGUGCUGAGAGCAUGUCGGAGGGAGAGGGGACCGACGCGACCUCGGGCUGCACAGAGGGCUCUGCUGAAGGGCCUGCACUGCAGUACAAGCCAGAGCAGUGGAAGCCUCUGGACCCGGAUGGGAAGAAGCAGUACGAUCGGGAGUUCCUGCUGGACUUCCAGUUCAUGCCUGCCUGCAUCCAGAAGCCAGAAGGGCUGCCUCCCAUCAGCGACGUGGUUCUCGACAAGGUGAGAGGAGAACCCAUCAAACAGGUCAACCAGCCCAAAUUGCCACUGAGAACUCUGGACCCUCGGAUACUGCCUCGAGGCCCAGACUUCACACCAGCCUUUGCUGAUUUUGGGAGGCAGCCUUCCGGUGGAAGAAACGUAUCUGGAAGUGCCUGCAAAGUGCAGAGUGGCCCUGGAUUGCCGUCCCUGGCUCGGUGCGGUUCCCCAGCAUGCCCUCUCUUGGUCUCGCCUCACCCACCAUUGAGGAACCUGCCAAUAGGGGUAAGCCACAUCCCCCUUUCUUUCCCCAUCUUUGCACCUUUUUGUAGAGUUUGGUUUUUUUUCCGUAUCGCCCGCUGUUGAUAAUGAACCACCGGCAGAAAGCUUUACAAAAAGGUGCAACAUUGUUUUA